UUCCUCCCAAUCAUUCACCCUCACCUCACAUGCGUGCACACACACACCGAGUGUGGUUUGUCUAUUGGGGGUGUAGAUCAACUCCCUAUGACAUCACUUUUGCGGCUUGAAACAAAAUCAUUUGGUAUGCUGGGUGCACUGCUGGUAUGGCACACAUAUUGGAAAGGUGCACAUUACAGACUGCAGAUCUCUUUUGUGAUGUCACUGGAGCAUGUAAUGUUCAUAUAAAUGGGAAAUGUGAGAGAAUGAAGGCUGAAUUCUGUAUCUGGAGGAUCCAUGAUUUGUGGAACUGUAAUGUGUCCCAUGGUAUUGUCAAACAGGAUACUGACAUUCAGUGAGAAGUCGAGUCGUGCUUCAAUGAUGCAUAGUCGAUAUUUCAUUAUCACUCUAUCACUCGUUUGAAAUGGAGCACUAGAGAGAGAGGUAGAUAAUAAGAAGUAUGUAACUCUCAUGAAGUGGAACAAUUCUUUGGAUGGUCCAGAGAAACAUUUUCUGGAGAGAAAAUGGUGGAUUUUGUGCGUGGUUGCAGUGCCAGAGAUGUCAUUAAAAUGGAUUCUAUAAAUUUGGAUAAUAAUCUGGAUUCACUCCUGGAUCUAGAUGACUUCAGUUUCAUGAGUGAUAUGUCGAUGGACAUCGCGCCUACCCUCAUCACAUUGUACGACUCGGUAGCAGCAAAUGGCCAAGUAGAUGAACAUCCCCAUCAAGGAGAGGAGGAGGAGGAGCGUUUGCGGCCGCAGCAGGACUGUGAGUCACAUGACCAGGAAGAGCCAAUUGCAUUUGUGCCGAGCGCAACUACCCUGGCUGCGGUGCGCUUGGGAGACUCAGAAGGAAGUUUGAUUGCAGUGGAUGAUGUCACGCAAGAAAACAAGGGAAAAUGUAGCAAAGGAGAAAGUGAUAACAGGGGUAGGGAAGGUUGUGAGAGCUCAGGAGCUGCAGCAGAAGAGCAGAGACUAAACAACCACCCUGCCAAUCAUAGUUACUUACAUGCUGCAGGAGGAAGGGUGCCAUUGGUAGACAGUGCCGCAGUAGAUUCAUACCUUGAUAGAACUACCCAGGAGAAACAAGAUAACGCCCAAAAUGGCGGCGGCGAUAGCAAUAGUGUUUCAAGUGCAAAUAUAGAACAUUUGACUUCAUGUGGGAAGGUGAACCUGCAUGGAGCUCGUGAUAACAACUUCAACGUAGAACAUUCCAGUAGGAUGGUUAGUAGCGACAAUCCAGGAGAAAACAUGGCAAUAGAUGUAGACUUCAACAGCAAUAGCAAUAAUGACUGCAGGCCACGGGCCCACAGUGCGGACCUGCUGUCAGACAGCAGAAGAUGGAGUCAGCGGCAGCGUCCAGCAAGUGCGGAGAUUACGACCACCGAGUAUCUUGAGAGUGGUGCCUGCUCACCGGUACUUCAGCAGAAGCAUGAAGAGGUGCAGCAGAGCCAUGCCCCUAUCAGGCAGAACUCAUCCCGCAUCAACCCUCCGAUCAUUGUCACCACAACUCCUAUUACGAAUGAAGCCAUGUCACCACCUACAUCACCACCAACAUCACCUCCGAUGAGUCCUACCUUCCAGAGACCUAAACCAAAUAUAUUCAGCAUGCAAGGAAGGACCUACCUGGACAGGAUAGUAGAUGAGAUCAUUGAUACAGAGAGGAGUUAUGUUGGAGAUCUUGGAGACAUCAUCAAGGGUUAUAACCAAGCUAUGAAGAACCAUCCUGAAAUCCAGCUUAGCCAGGAGAAGUUUGACACUCUCUUCUGCAAUCUGGAGGAUAUCCAUUCUUUUAACAGGGAACUACUGGCAGAUCUUGAACAGAGUGAUGAGGAUCCUGUCAAGUUGGCCGAUUGUUUCCUAGAAGUGGAGGAUGAGUUCUGUAUCUACACCAAAUACUGUACCAACUACCCCAAGGCGGUGGAUGUCUUGACAGAAUGUAUGCAGGAUCCUGUAAUAUCAGACUUCUUCAGAGAGCAGCAGGCACAGCUCAAUCAUGGUCUUGCCCUUGGUGCCUAUCUACUCAAACCAGUACAGAGGAUACUCAAAUACCAUCUUCUCUUUCAGGAUAUGAUGAAGCAUUACAAGGAGGAGCAGGGGCGGGAUGUGAUCGCCAGGGCACUCAAGUCAAUGACUAACGUGGCAUGGCACAUCAAUGAUAUGAAGAGAAAACAUGAGGCCUCUGUCCAUGUCCAGGAGAUACAGAGUCAGUUACAUGGUUGGCAGGAUGAUCUGAAUACUUAUGGAGACCUUGUAUUGGAGGGUAUAAUGCGUAUGCAUGGAGCAAGGGGCGAUCGUUUCAUCUAUCUGUUUGAAAGGGCGCUUCUCAUCGGAAAGAAACAUGAGAACACAAAUCUCAUCAGUAUUAAGACUCAAAUCACAUGUGCCAAUUUGAUGCUUAUAGAAAGCGUACCCAAAGAACCUCUCGGCUUCAAUGUGAUUCCUUUUGAUAACUCAGACUUACAGUACACCAUUAUUGCUAAAUCUCAGGAGCAGAAGAAGCAAUGGACCCAUGAAAUAAAGAGACUUAUCCUUGAAAACUACCAGAGCAACAUUCCUACCAAAGUCAAAGAACUUAUCCUCGGUACAAGAGCAGCUAAGAAUGCUAAAGAUGAGAUUGAGACGGAAAGCAAAGCAUUACCAUCAUCACCUCAAGAGCCUUCCAUGUCAAGGGACAGGAAAGAACGCAAAUCUCGCAAGAAACACAAACGACGCAACUCUGAACCUAUGGGCAAGCUACAGAGGGGACAAAAACAGGUCAAAGCCGCUGUAGAGAACAUAAUAAUUGGGAUGAAAAGGCCUGAUUUAUCGAAACUGGCAAGCAAGAGAUCAGCAGACAUCCCCCAUGAUGAUGGUACAGAAGAUUCACUUGAUGAGAUAGAAACUAACAAGACAAGGAAGAGUGAACCAGUUACUCCAGAUGAGAAAGGAGAGAGCAGCUUAGCCCCUCUUGCAAGACCAGAAGAAAUGAGAGAUGAAUAUGGGGCUCACCAAACUUCCAGACAAGAUACUUCUCCAUCAUCAUCCAAGAAACUGGUUCUUUCAAAGAGUCUAGGAGACAAGAAGGAAUCUAACCGAGACUCUGGAAUUGGUAGCAUGAAUCUCUCUGAACAUCUCAAGCUUGAUUCUGAGGAUAAGAGCAGCGCUGAUGAGGCCAAAGCUGGAGAUGGUAGGACAGGAAAGAAGAGGGGUGGAGCAGUAAGGAAACGAGAGAAUGGGAUCAAUAGACAAGAUGGUUUGGAUGAUACAGAAGAGGAGGAAGGGGAAGGAGCUAAGGGAAGUGAAGGAGAGAGUCCUGAUGAGUUGGAAGCCUUGGAGCAGCUCUCAGACGAUAACCAUCUUGAUAGAGAUCCUCUCCUUGACAUAGAGCUAUCUCCCAAGCCAUCUAGGAGAAGCUUGAGCACUAUUCAUGGCCCAGAGCUCUUUAAACUGAGAAGAGUUAAUCUCAAGGAGUACCGUCCACUCAAUGAUCGAUUCAGCAAAGACCAUGAUGAUGUCUGGGUUCCCAUGACAGGCAAAACAUUCAGCAGAAAUCGCUCAUUCUCGCACAUUCCAACGAGACCUCAGAGUGCAGACGUCACCACCCAUCCACACUUCCAGAAACUUAGACUAUCAAGGACACGCAGUGAUGACAGUUCUCUCCAUACUUGGGCAGAGCUGGCUAAAUGCCGAUCAGAUCCAAAUAUCACAGACCACAAGUCGGAUCUUGGGGAUUCCAUUAAGAGCAAUAAUGGAAAGGAAACUGCUCUUGGCUCAUCUGCAUCUACAUUUGGGACAGGGGAUGGGGACCUUUCUUCUUUGUCAUCUCAUGAAAACCUUACAGACUCCAUCAACAUGGCUUUCCAACAGCUAGGGGCCAAGUAUGCUGCCAAGGCUGAAAGUGAGAGUGGGAACUCUACACCUUGUUAUAAUGAAGAAAAAGUCAGAGACUCUGAAGCUGCAACACGGAAGGAGAAAGUAUCAAUUAUUUUAAAUGAUGAGGAUGUACUGCUCCUGGACAAAGAAGAUACAGAGUCUUCACACAGGGACUUUAGUAAUGAGACAUGUUCAACCAAAGAUGAUGAUGAUGAUGAUGAUGAUGAUACUUCAUUUGAUUCACCAGAAGAGGAGGAGCUCAGUGCUGCAAAGAAGAAGGUGCAGAGGCUGGCUAGAAAAUAUAGUAAAAUGAUCAAACAUCAACAACAGCAGUCUACUAUUGUUGUCACUAGGAAGAACAGUGAGUCUUCAUCUUCAGAAAAUGAUGGGAAGCAGGUUGCUUGGGCCGUUACACAUGGUCAGGGUGGAACUGUCAUUAAACGCUUUGAGAUUGACAGCCCUUCUGGUUCCAGGAAAGGAAAUUCUGUCAGGUCGACCACAGAUUCUGAAGAUGAUAGAUCCAGUGGCUCAAGACGUUCCAUUACUCGAGGAGCACAGAAUAGGAAAUCUGUCAGAGACUUUGUUCGGAGAUUUGAAGUCACAAAGUCAACUAAACCAGAGCCCAAAGUUGUAACACCUGUUCAGGAUGGCAUCAAGGAAAGACUCAAGAGCUUCCAACAGGAAACUAAGCAACCUAAUAAAUCUCCUCAACACCGAUCAAGUAUGGGAUUCAAGAAGUUGUCAGAGAGGAGAAAGGAACUUGAAGAAUGGGUAGCUAAACCCAAACAGAGGUCUCGGCAUAACUCUGAAGGUAAAGACUCUACUGAUGGUCUUUCAUUCAGCAGCAGUGCUUCAGAUGCUGGUGAUUUAUCAUUCACCUUCAACAGCAGUUAUCAAGGUAGCUAUGCAUCUAGCUUACAUAGCAGUGGACGCAGCUCUCCAUGCAUUGAAGCUCGUAUUGCUAACAUCAAUGCUAUCAAGGAUGGUCUUUUGGAAUCUAUUAGUCGCUUGACCAGCCAUGGGAGUGCCACUGAAGAUGAAGAAGUGACUCCAGCUAUGUUCAAAUCCAUCCGAGAAAGAUUCGAAGAGCUUGAAAAGGCUGCCCACAAACCUAUCCCCAAAACAGUUAGUGAUCCUCAGGAGGAGAUUAAAGGAGGUAGUGUGGUUGAAGGUGAUGAUGAUGAUACUAUUCAAGAUAUUACAGACAUUCACUCUUGUGGAGAAACUGACACAAAUACAACCCUUCCAAAUCUUGAUCUCGAUCUUCCAUUUCCUGAAGUCUUUGACACAUCGUCCAGUGAACUAUCGGCAAUGGGUUUGAAAUCUUCAGAAUCUCUCAAUACCCGUCUUGAUGCGCUCGAUAUAUCUAGUGACAAUUCUGCAUCAGAUGCCAAGCAGUUCUCAUCAUCCUCCGACCUUCUCUUUCCAGAGAUUGAAAAGUUGGAAAGUGGACCACCUGUUUCAGAGACAGCCUCUACCAAGCCUGUCAGCAACGUAAAGAUCACUACGGCCAAGCUAUCAGAUUCAUGUCAUCAGGUUAGCUUGGAAAUUUCUCUGACAUCCAAGAAGAGAGAGUCUGCUCAUCCAACCACCCUGGAUGUCCUUUCACUCUAUGAAGGACUCUCUGAAGAGGAACAGAAGAUGUUGUCUCCAGAGCCCGCCCUCAACAGGUCAGAGUCUUCAGAGAGCAGCUACAAAGAUGCCAUCUCUGUCAGUCUGACUUCUCCUACUUCUGAGGAUUAUGUCACCGCACCGGAGGAGCACUAAGAAUUAAUAAGUGUGCAUACUAUAUAAACCAUCAUUUAGCAGUGUUGCAAUGCCUUUCACGAUUCAAAUCCUUACCAUGUUAUUUCAAAUCUUUCAUUUUUUUGACAACUUGAUCUUUCACUGGGUGACCAUUUGACAAAUUCAAAUACAAUACUUAAAUUGCCAAAGGUUUUGGUUUAUUUUCAUAUAAGACCAGUGCUUCAAGAGAAGUAAGAAUAAUUUUGUAUUCAUUUUUUAUCACAUAAUCAGUGCCUUGAUUUUGCACAAGUUAAUUUUCUAUUCUUUUCAUUGUUUUACUUGAGAUGAUUACUGCUCAUGUUCAUUACAUGAGUGAAGUAAUGUUAGUUUGAAAAAAAAUUCUGUAUAAUGCAGGAAUUAUGCUUUUUUUUAAUUAUAAAAUGUUAAAAUAAUUUGAUUCACUUUGCUGUCAAAGUGUCAUCUAUCUUCAGUUCAUUAUUCUCUUUUUAUAAAUGAACCUUAGAGCAAGAAUUAUGAACAAGAACCUUUCUGUAUUGGUAUUUCUAUUUUGCUAUACCAUAAUGAUAUUUUUUUCUGUUUCAUUUUUUUAAAUAUCAAGGUUUUUCAUAGCUGACAGACAUAGUUAUCACAAAAUGUUAAAAUUCAUUUUACGGAGUGACCUUACCAAUAUCUCUGUCAUUGAUGGACCUGUCUUCUCCUGUCAAAGUUCUUAGCAUCAUUCAUGUUUCAGAGAAAGAACAGAUUCUAGUCUGUUCUAUCGUUUGAAUGUUUUUGGCCUUGACGCCGCCUAAUCACAUCAUGAAACGGUCAUGUGAUAGCCAUGUGACUGACUUGAUCAAUUAGGAGGAAGUCAUAAGGUCCGGAUUGUUCAAGCAAAGAUUAGAUCAUUUGCUUGCUUAUAGUAUAUAUCUGAUAGAAAUUCUGUUAGAUAUUAUUCUUCACUUUUUUACAGAACUAUUCAAAAUUUCUUUUGCUUUUCAAAAAUGCAAAAUGCAUUCUUAUACUUUUUAUUCAUAACCAAUUAUCAUAGAAAUCAUGAACAGGCUUUGAUCUUUCUAAUCAUCUCAUUUUGUCAUUUCCAAAUCAUGAAUUAUAUUAUCUGCAAGUCAGUGUUAUAAUUUACUGAUGACUCUUCUUUAUUUAUGAUAGUUUCAUUCUGAGAACAAUUGAAAACCAAAGCCUUAAGAUAAAUUAGUACAGUAUUGCUUCAUGCAAAGUGCCUUUCAGCUUUUGUAAACAUUUCUCAUAUAUCAACAAUCACCCACUCAAGUUUACCGUUUAAUCAUGUUUGCUGAUUUGAACAACACGAGUACAUGUUUAUUUUGUUUACAUGACAAUGAAUAGUCCCCAUUUACAUCAAAGAAGACAAUGUGCAUAUUACUUAUCCCAGUGACAUGUAUGGCAAAGUAAAAUGUCUUCUUUAUAAUAUAUAUUGUUUCUAAAUGCAGAAAGCUAGAAAAUAUGUUGUUGUCUGUAUCAUUGGAUGUCUAUUGUAAUUUUGUUUAGGGUUUUUUUGGCAGACAUUGAACAAAACAAUGUUCUGUAAAUCAAGGAUGCACAAAUAUUUAUCCUCAAGAAUUAUCUUCAGGAAACAUGAGAACCAAGCUUUUAUAUCUUGGUUAUAAGUUGCAUAAAUUUUACUUUGGUUCCACCGGAGUAAUUAACAAAACUAGAAUGAUGAACAAAUCUUGUUGAGUGAUGUCCUUAGCUACAUUGCAGUAGUAUUGGUUUAUUUUGUCUUGCUAAAGUGUUUUUAGCUUAAAGGCAUGCGUGUUGUGUAUAUUGUCGUAGAAAUAUUUAAUAUAUAUAGAUUGUAUGUGUAUUCAGGCUUAACUGUGUAUGCUCUGAAGCUUUGUAUAAUACUUAAUCAAGGAUUUGGCAUGUAUAUUCAUCUAAAUGUAGUUAUGCUAUUUGUGUACAUUUCUACUGUACCCAUCAUGGUCAUUGUAUAUUUCAUGUAGAUUGCUUUUGUGAAGUCUGAGGGUGGUCGUGUGUCAAACUAUAAAGAGUUCUGUCAAAGCACCUUUACUUCUUUCUACUUUUCUUGCCAAAUAGAUUGACAAAGAAUCUCAGAAUUUAUUAAUACAAAGAAAGUACCUUCUGAUUCAGAUUUACUGUAAUGUAGUGUGGAUAUUUUUAUCUUAAUAAAACUAUUAAAAGUAUCAUUCCUGAUCUAUGUGAAUCUAUGUUCAUAGUGUACAUUGCAUGAUAUAAUAGGAAGACCAGCCAAUUGUACUUGAGUAGCAAAGGCAGCUAUUUUUUCACAUUUUGUACAAGCUAUGAAGUAGUAAAUAUGAGGAAUGAUGUGUGUUCAAUUAAUUAUCAUCAAUUUUCAAAGGUGAUUGUAAUGUUAGUAAGUAAUGUGAUCUUUAUAUUUAUGAAUUAUUAGCAAUAUUCAUUUUGCUCAUCUACGCAGGAGGGGGGGGGGUUACAGAAAACAUUUAGAGUAAGGAACAAAGUAACCCAGCACUGUCACAUGGGCUAUUUGUAUUUUUGAAAUUGAAUUCUGAAGAUUUCUUGUACGAUUUGGGUGGAUUUAGGGAAAAUUAUCAGUGUUAAAAGUAUUGGUACUUGGUCAAUUGUAAUAGUUUAAACUUUUGACAAGUUGAUUAAAGAACUUGAAAAUAACAAUGACUAUUCUCACAGAUCAAUUUCACUUUCAUUUUGUCAAAUUGAGUAGACUUUGAAUGAUGAAUUUCUUUUUCACUGCAAAUGUUAACAUUUUAUGUGUAAAGACUAAAAUAAGGUGCUAUGAGUCUUUCCACUCCAAAGUUCUUCUAAAAUGUCAAUAGGGAGAUUUUUGUAUCCAUAUUUGUCACAUAAGUUAGUGGUGCUAUUCCUACUGAGGACCUCUGUUCUGAGAAAUAUCAAAUGUCAGCAUUUAAAUCCAUGCAACACAAUGUGAAUUAGUUUGCACUUUCAAUCGUAUGAAUUUUUCACAAAAGACAUCAAAUACUGUUAAUUUGAUUUUGAAUUUUAAAGAAAAUGAAUUACACAUGUAUUUGACUAGCAUAUUCUGCUUUCGUCAAUUAAAGAUAUCAAGUGACUUAUUUUAUCUAUUUUCUGGGUUUAUUUUUUAUUAAAGAACAUGAAUAGACAUGUACAACUCAUUUUGAUGUGUAAAAAAGCUAAUGCAUUUUGUAUGAAAUGUUCAUACACACUAUUCACAAGAAAUAUAUAAUUUACAUGGUUUUACAACACUGAGAAAAUCCCUUUGACUUAAAUGAAAAUCUGUUUUACAACUUAUAAUAGAUCAAGAGAUCUUUUGUUUGUUUGCAAAGAUGCAUUUGAUGUAAUAAUUUGGUUUAGUUCGCUACACAGAACGGUAAUAAUCUUAUAACCGCUCCGUACUUAAUAUUCCUUCUUUGAGCCAGAUAAUUAUUUUAAUCCUCUACAUUGUUGAAUGUAAACUCAUUAUUCUUGUUAAUCUCGUAUUAGUUCAUGCACUCAAAGCUUUCAGUUCAUCAAGUAUGUGUACUUAAAAGUAAAUGAAAUAAAUCAUGUCAUCUCAGUAAAAAAAAUCAUCUGAUUGUUUAUCAAUAAGACUACAAAUAUUGAAAAUUGUAUUUCAUUUGCUUACAAUGUGGCUGUAUGAGUUGUAUUUAUUCAUUUGAAAGCUAAGCAAUGUUAUGGUUUGUAUGAUUUGUAAGAGGUAUGUCUAUUAUGUCUUUUCAUAUCCCUUGCUUGACGUCGCUACCUCUACCUACAGGUAGUGAAAUUUACCAUCAUACAAUAAAAACCAGGCGUCCAGAUUGGUAACAUAAA